CACUGCGCGUGCGGCGGGGAAGAUGGCGGCGCCGCAGGAGCCGGGCGGCGGGGCGGCCUUCGCGCGGCGCAUCGACCCCGCGCGGGAGCCGGGGCUCAGCCCCGAGCAGCGCCGGCUCAUGGCGCAGGUGGAGAGCGCCCAGCGCUACCGCGCUCUGCAGCGGCGGCUCCGCAGCCGGAACACGCUGCUGGGACUCGGCAUCGGCGCCUUGACGAUCGGCAUUUACGGCUACACCUUCUACUCGGUGUCCCAGGAGCGGUUCCUGGACGAGCUGGAACAGGAGGCCGAGGCGGCGCGGGCACGGGCCCAGGCGCGGGCCGAGGCUGCAGCGAGCUGAGCACGGACAGCCCGGCCCGGCCCCGGUAAACCCCGCGAACGAGCAUGGACGGGCCUCAAGCACCGAGGGAUCGCCUGGCCCUCAGUACGGGACAGCUGCCCGCAGGGCUCCGGGCCGGCGCAGCACUCGGUGCGGCCCGGGGAUACGUACGGGGGGGUCUCCUGCAGGCAGGGCCUCCUCCUCUGCAGGCAGCCGCCCUCGUCCUGAAUUGUGGGCAGGGUUUUUUCCAGAGACCCGCCUCGGGGGCGGGCAGGGGUGCUCGACUCUUUCCACAAUAAACACCGUGUCCAGG